GUGUUUUGGGUCAGGGCAGCAUGUGCAACCAGGCCAUCAUGCUGAUCACGGACGGCGCCAUGGAGGACUUUGAGUCGGUCUUUGAGGAGUUCAACUGGCCUGAGCGCAGGGUGCGCGUCUUCACAUACUUGAUUGGCCGAGAGAUGACGUUCGCCCAAAACACCAAGUGGAUCGCCUGCAACAACAAAGGCUACUACACGCACGUGUCGACGCUGGCCGACGUGCAGGAGAACGUGAUGGAGUACCUGCACGUGCUGAGUCGGCCCAUGGUCAUCAACCACGACCACGACAUCAUCUGGACCGAAGCCUACAUGGACACCGUGCUUCCCAAUACCAACGAGCUUUUCAGCACCAAGGCGCAAAGUCUGCUGCUGAUGACGUCGGUGGCCAUGCCCGUCUUCAGCAAGAAGAAGGAGACGCUGUCGCACGGGAUCCUUCUGGGCGUGGUGGGCACCGACGUUCCCCUCAUGGAGGUGAUGAGGCUGGCGCCCCGCUACAUGCUGGGCGCGCACGGCUACGCCUUCCUCAUCACCAACAACGGCUACAUCCUGGCGCACCCCGACCUCCGACCGCUGUACAAGGACGGCAAGAAGCUGAAGCCCAAGCCCAACUACAACAGCGUGGAUCUGUCCGAGGUGGAGUGGGAGGAUGCCGACGAGACGCUGCGGACGGCCAUGGUGCGGGGCGAGACGGGAAGGCACACGCUGAAGAUCCGAGCCUCGGUGGAGAACGGGAGGAGACCUCUUUUCCUGGUCAACGAAUAUUUCUACACAAACAUUGACGACACUCCCUUCAGCUUUGGCAUGGUGUUGACCCGAGGUCACGGCCAGCUCAUGUUCGUGGGAAACGUGUCGGUGGAAGAAGGGCUCCAUGACCUGACCUCCCCCGACCUCAGCAUCGCGUCCGAGUGGACGUACUGCGAGACGGACAUCGACCCCGCACACCGCAAGUACUCGCAGCUGCAGGCGGCCAUUCGCUACCUGCUGGGCAAGGAGCCCGAUCUGGAAUGCGACGAGCUUCUGCUGCAGCAAACCUUGUUUGACGCGGUGGUGACGGCGCCCCUGGAGGCUUACUGGAACGCCGUCAUGCUGGACGACAGGGUGGAGCCCGGCAUUGAGGCGGCCUUCCUGGGCACGCGUGCCGGCCUGAUGAGGAUCAUGAGAUACGCCGGCGUGGAGACACGCGUGGCAAAAAAGUUCCUGACCCCCGCAGAUAAGGCCAACCUGUUCACGGUAGACCACUUCCCACUGUGGUACCGACUGGCCGCGGAGAACCCGCCGGGAAGCUUCUUCUACUACCCCGUCAGCGACAAAGGCGCGAAGUACAUCGUGGGCACCACGUCGGUCACCGUAUCGGCGCAAGGCAAGACGGCCAUGGCUGGAGCCGUGGGCCUCCAGAUGUCCUUGGACUUACUGGAGAAGACUUUCUGGGCCAUCACCAAGCAGCCAAGCGACACAGACUGUUCCAACGUGGAAGGCUUGUGUCCCCUCAGCUGUGAACGUGACGAUCUGAGGUGUCUGCUGGUGGACAAUCACGGUUUCAUCCUGUUGUCCAAGGAGACCAAGGAGGUUGGUCGGUUCAUGGGCGAAGUGGACGGCGCCGUCAUGGCGAUGCUGAUCAAGAUGGGCAUGUACAAAAAAGUGUCGCUGUUCGACUACCAGGCCAUGUGCAAGAACAGCCAUCACCACGCCAGCAGCGCUCCGAGGCCUCUGCUCAGCCCUUUCUACAACCUGGCAGCCAUCCUUCGAUGGAUCUUUUCCAACGUGCUCAUGUGGGGAACCAAAACGUAUUUUCUGCUUCCUAUUGUCGUGUCGAACCAACUUUGUGGAGUAAAAUGUGCCCAAAUUGUGUGUCUCCCAAGGUUCGUGUUGGACUUCAACCUGUGCGGUUUGUGGCACUCGGAUUAUUUGGUGGAUGCCAAGGCUGGCUAUCACACCAGUCACAAGCAGAAGAAGGUGGAGGCUCUGGUUCCAUGCGAGACGGCCUAUCCCGGCUUCACGUCCGACCCGUCCGUCAAGGAGGCAAACAGCAUCAUUAAAUGUGGACGUUGCCAGAAGAUGUUUGUGGUGCAGCAGGUCCCGGACAGCAACUUGUUGGUGGUGGUGACAGAGGCCAACUGCGACUGUUCCCGCCAGUACGGCGCCAUCCCGCUGGAGCCCAAAGAGAUCAAAUAUAUCCUUUUGCCAAACGCGCUUGCGGCGCCACCUAGUGGCCGCCUACCGCAAAGCGACAGCGCCGCGUUUUCCUUGACGACGUCCAACAUAACGCCACGGUCAAGUGCAACCGGAUGAAGUCGCAGAAAGUACGCAGGCGCCCCGAGUCUUGCCACGCCUACCACCCCAAGGAAAACGCCAAGGACUGUGGGGGCGCGUGCAGCAUCUCCCUGUCAAUCAGGCUUUUCACCAACUGCCUGCUGCUUUCGGGGACGCUCCUCUUCAUGACGUAACAAUGACACGCAGCCGAUCAGCGGGGCGUGAAGCUUCCUGUGGAUUUUCAUGAAAAGAUUUUCGCAGGUUGUUGCUGUUGAGCAAAGGACAUUUUAUGGGCUAUAUGGCACCCUUGGUUGCACAGAUUUGACUUUUUUUACCCCUGCCCCCAAAUGCUCUCGAAGAAACAGAGAUAUUCUGCCAAUUAGCAUUUUUCCACAAAAAUGGGGCAGGGGAAUUACUCCCCCCACCACACCGUCCCCUCACUCAAAAAAAAAAAAAAGCAGCACCGGUGGGUGAAUCCACAGGUGGCCAAGGGCAAGUAUGUGGCAGUUGUUCCACUGUAUAUAUUUUUUUUUCUUGUAAUUGUUUUGUGCAAACCGUUUGUGAGGAUGUCGAAAAAUGCUGUGAAUAAAAACAAUAUGUUGAUAUCAU